CCAUGGUUUGGUAAUAUUGGCAUUUUCAAAGCUACACUGCAAAUCCCAACCGCAAAAUCUCUCUCCUUCUCUUUCUCUCUCUCUCUCUCUCUCACUCGCGUCGUUCUCCGAUCAGUUUCGGUUUCGCCGGCGAUUUGCGUCACUGAUCGGCGUCAUCGAACGAGGGUUUUUAUAUUCGGUUAAUUUUCCGGCGAGGUAAGAUUCUCGACCAAAAAGAAAAAUCUUGCUAUUUUUACCCUUUUUUCUUCUGGUGAGGGAAAGAGUUCGUGGCAUUCCGAUUGAUUUUGCUUCAGAUCUGGGUGUGUAUGCUGGGGGAUUUGGGUUGACUUUGAUUUAGGGUUUUCUGUGUUGGAUUAGUUUUGAGAUUUUGUGCUGAAUUAUCGGGUAUGACUUUUUUCGGGAUUUAGGGUUUUUUUAUUGGCUCGAUGGAACCGGGCUCGAGAUUAGCUGGUCCUUCUGGGGUUGUGGUGAAGAAUAAGAGCUCUGCUGGGUGUUUGAUUGUUAGAAAGAAAGGGGAUGGUGGGGUUGGUGGUUCUUCGAGCUCUCGGAAGCAGUAUGAAUCGAAGAAAGUGAGGAAAAAGCCUAAGGUCGUUUCCAGUGAUUCGGGAUCAAGCGAUGAGUUACCAUUACCAUUGCCUCCGGCUAGGAGGCUUGGCCCCGAGACCAUUCGAGUCUGUAAUAGUUUGACCGCUUUCGAGCGGGGCAUGGUUGGUGGCGGUGAAAUCAGUAGGAAGAGGGAGAGAAUGGAGCAAAUUAGGCAUAAUGGGGAUGGCGUGGUAGAGGAGAAUGGCUUGAAGAGGAGGGAAAGGAAACGUAAUAAGUUGGAUGUGUUUGAUUUCAAUGAAUACGAUGGUAGGGAUGUGGAAAUGAUGAGAAGGAGGAAUUUCGAUAAUAAUGGUGUUGGUUUAGGAGGAGGAAGGUUUAUGGGAGCAAUGCAUGCUGCUGGAAGGAGCAUUGAUAGGGAAUUUGAAACCAGUUCAAGCAGACACAUCGUUGAUAAGAGAAAAAACUCCUAUCGUGACAGGGCAAGUGGGUUGUAUCUGGAAGAUAGUGUUGAUCAUAGUAGGUUCAAGACGAACAGAGAUGGAGCUCAGCAACCUCUGCCCUUGUUGAGGGAGAAGUUUAAUUCAGAUGAAUCCAUUAGGGUUCAGGGGAAAAAUGGUGUUUUGAAGGUGAUGGUUAAUAAGAAGAAGGUUGGUGGGCCAAUAGAACGCAAUGAUCAUCGCAAACUUGUAGAAACCAGACAAAGUUUGAGGGCUGAGAGCACUCCCAAGAGAAAUGUUCUGAUCCAUCCUUCGCCAUACUUGGAAACAAAACCUGUUGAGAAACAGGGUUUACUUGUUAGGCCAGAGAAGAAACAGAUAUCAACAAGAAAAUCAUUGUCAAGUAAGGACAGUAAGGGUGAUGAGCAGGAUUCAGAUAACAGUGACACAUCAUUGAAUCUGGGAGUAAAAAGUACUGAAGCUCGCAUGUCUUCCAAGAAGAUAACCUCUGAAGAUGAACAGACUCCUAUGAAUGAAAAACUCCCAGCUACAAAAAUAAAAGAAGGGAAAAUCAAGCGUGGUAGUGGCACAGAAAAGCAGAAACUACGAGAAAGAAUACGGGAGAUGCUACUGAAUGCAGGUUGGACCAUAGACUAUCGCCCUCGAAGGAAUAGAGACUAUCUAGAUGCAGUUUACAUUAAUCCAGGGGGUACAGCCUAUUGGUCUAUCAUCAAGGCAUAUGAUGCACUUCAAAAACAAUCGAAUGAUGAUGAUCAUGAAGCGAAGCCCAAAGGGGAGAGUUCAUCUUUUGCUCCUAUCUCUGAUGAUGUGCUCCGUCAAUUGACAAGGAAAACUCGGAAGAAGAUGGAAAAAGACUUGAAGAAGAAGCAAAGAUAUGAUAGUGAGAGUGAUAGUGGAAAAGAGACGCACAUUAAAAGACCUGCCAGCAAAAAAAAGCAUGCCAUGAAUGGCAUUGAUAGUGAUAGCAAUGAAGAGAAGUUAAGCUCCUUUAUAAAGCAGGGAAGUAAAUCAAUGAAAACUAAAAUGAUUGAAAAUGCUGUCACUGGUGGUAGCUCUAAUAGCCGGAAUGCUACCCAUCACUCAAAUGAUGGAACUGAAAAAUCAUUUUCUGGAAAUGAUCCUCAUCUACAUGGAAGGAAAAGUAGAAAACAUGGACGGUGCACUUUAUUAGUUCGUAGUUCUAACAAGGGAUUAAAUUCAGAAUCUGAUGACUUUGUUCCAUAUAUGGGCAAACGAACAGUGCUUUCCUGGUUGGUUGAUUCUGGGAUAGUUCAGUUAAGCCAAAAGGUUCAGUACCGUAGAAGGAAGCGAGUAAUGCUGGAGGGGUGGAUCACAAGAGAUGGCAUUCAUUGUGGCUGCUGUAGUAAAAUCCUCACGGUUUCAAAGUUUGAGCUUCAUGCUGGAAGCAAAUUGCCCAAGCCAUAUCAAAACAUAUAUUUGGAUUCUGGAGUUUCGCUUCUACAGUGCCAGAUAGAUGCAUGGGAUAGACAAAAGAAUUCUGAGAAGAUCAGCUUCCAUUCAGUAGAUGUUGAUGGUAAUGAUCCAAAUGAUGAUACUUGUGGUAUAUGCGGAGAUGGAGGGGAUUUAAUCUGUUGUGAUGGUUGUCCAUCAACAUUUCAUCAGAGUUGCUUGGAUAUACAGAUGCUUCCCCCUGGUGAAUGGCAUUGUCCAAAUUGCACCUGUAAAUUUUGUGGAGUAGCCAGUGAAACUAUUGAUAAAGAAGAUGAUGCAACUGUAUAUGCCCUACACACUUGUGACUUGUGCGAGAAAAAAUAUCAUGACUGUUGUACUAAGGAUUUGGGUGCCCUUCCUACUAACUCCAAUAUGUCAGGGUCUUCCUUUUGUGGAAAAGGCUGCAAAGAGCUUUUUGAGCACUUGAAGAAGUACCUUGGUGCCAAGCAUGAACUUGAUGCAGGCUUUACAUGGUCUCUUAUUCAUAGAACAGAUGACGACGCAGAGGCAGCUAGUAGGGGAAUUACCCAGAGAGUGGAAUGCAACUCCAAGCUAACUGUUGCACUGACUGUGAUGGAUGAAUGCUUUUUACCAGUUGUUGAUCGGAGGAGUGGGAUCAAUUUAAUCCAUAAUGUUUUAUAUAAUAGUGGGUCAAACUUCAGUCGGUUGAAUUAUAGUGGCUUUUAUACUGCUAUUUUGGAGCGAGGGGAUGAAAUAAUUUGUGCAGCAUCUCUCAGGUUCCAUGGGACUAAGUUAGCAGAGAUGCCAUUCAUUGGAACUCGUCAUAUAUAUAGGCAUCAGGGGAUGUGCCGCCGUCUUUUUUCUGCCAUUGAAUUGGCUCUUUGCUCACUGAAGGUUGAGAAACUUGUCAUUCCCGCAAUUUCUGAACUGAUUCAUACUUGGACAACAGUUUUUGGCUUCACACAUCUUGAGGAAAUUCUCAGGCAAGAAAUGAGGUCGUUGAAUAUGUUGGUCUUCCCUGGUAUUGAUAUGUUACAGAAGCUGCUAGUGGAGCAAGGAAAACUUGAGGCAGGUGCUGAGAAAAUUGAAAAUGGAGAUGAGGUUUUAAUUAAGCCCAAUAUGGCUAAUAGGUUAGAUAUGGAUUCCUCAGCUCUGCAAGAUCCUCGAGGAAGUGAUGAUGCUAGUUCAAAUCCUGCCAAUGAGAUAAAUAAUGAAUGUAGUGAGGAUGCUUCUCAAGAACUAAACAAUCAAGUUUUGGUUGGCAUGACUGUAUGCUCCAAAUCUCAUUCUGAGGAAAGAUUAUCUGAUUCUCUUUCUGAUAAUUGUGUUUCUCCUUCUAGUACUAGUCAUGGAGUACUAGAAAAGCAAAAUGAAAUAGUGACAGCUUCCCCCGUUAAUGAUAAAUUGCAUCCUUCUACCAAAUGUCAACUCAUUUCUCCAAAUGACAUUUCUAUGACUAGUCCUCCAUUAGAUGCUCCAGAUUGCCAUGGAAUUCCAGCUUUGGGUCAGGAAACUGCUUGUUCUGACCCUGAUUCUGCAAAUAACCCGGUAGAACCUAUUUUUGACAGGAAAUGUGAUAAGUUCACUGAUAUGAAUUGUGAUUCAUCAGAGCUUGACAUUAAUCCUGUGUUGGAUUCUCAAGUGGCGGAUAAUGCCUUGUCUUCUAAAGAGGUUGAUAUGAAUGAUGCCCAUGAUGAGUUUCUUGAAGCUGACCCUUCAGUGGAUUUAUCUCGAGAGAAUAUAACCAAGGAGAAUAAUACAAAUGUAGAUGUCUCGGGUUGUGUUCCUAAUCAUACUGGUGAGAGUUUCUUGCAAGUAAGAUCUGAUUUGAAUGGUGAAAUUGCAUAUCUGGGAGAAAAGAAUUUACAUUUGGAAACAGAAGUUGCUUCAAAUGAUAUGCAUUUUGAUGAAACUGGGCUAAACGCUUCUGGUGAUUGUUCUGAUACUGAUCUAGUCAUCUAGUAUAAGAGAAUGGCCGAGUCUAAUACUGCUUAUGUUUUUAGUUCUACAGCUCAUGCGAUUCCCUCACAAGUUUUCUUUCAAAGAUUCAAUGCCUUGUAUGCAAUCAAUUUUCAAGGCUUUGGAGCUUAUGUGUCAUGCUUUAAUCUGGAUAGUAUGAAAAGUUUAUAUUGAUUUCAAUGGAAAUUGUAAUCGGUCCCUUGCGUUGUCGAUGAGUAUGAAUUUCUUAAGGUUCUAAGUUAACUUCAUUUCAUGUAAAUGUUUCUUCUGCCAUAAUUCUUGAAGGUUGCUUUUGGCUUAAGAUCUGUAUUAAUACGUGCUCAAAUGGGUGAAGUUGCUUGCCUGUAAUGUGCACCAAUCCUUCCAAGUUCAUACCCAAGUAGAUCCUGUGAGUGUAUUAUAUGAUUAAGAUUCUCGUCGUUUGUAUCUGAAUCUGGUGGAGUGUGGAUUUGGCUUCCUUCUCAAGCCUUGUGUGCCAUUCAGUAUUACAGUUAUUCAUCAAAUGACAUCAGCAGUUGAAGAUACUUAGAACAGUUUUUGUUUUGAUUGACAGCAUAUUUUUAUUGACUUGUCCACAUGUCUGCCCAACCUCCUCAAUUCAGAACUCAUAGGCUCGUCUUCAGUUAAAGUCGAAGGCAUUUGAAUAGGAUUUUCGUAUAGAUCAGGAACCAUGAUUAUGGGUAAACUGUGCAGUAAAUAACGAUCCUGCUUCUAGGAUGUAAAAGACCUUUCUUUGUAAAGGGUUUGUUGUCUGAGUUGGUGAGGUUUAGAUUUUGUUUCUUUUUCUUUCUUUUUCUUUCUGUAAUUAAGGUUUUAGGUAAUGUUUGGUGUCAAAACGGCAAUUGAUGCCGUCUCGAAUAAUAACCUUGUACUUUUGUCGUCGCAUGGAAUUAUGGCUCCCAUACUCAUUUCAUGAGAGGUUUUGGGUACCAUUUGCGUCGGUGUUAAGAGUUCUCUUUAAAGACACAAGUCGCUUAUUAGAUGUUUACUUUAAAGC